AUGCGUUUCACCCAGGCUUUCUUUAUGGCUAUGGUGGCCACCUCGGCCAUCGCCGCCGCCAUUCCGGACAUCCAGCCCAUCGCUGUUCUCCCUCGUCAUGAGGAGACCGUCAUUCCCGACAAGCAGAAGUAUGAUCGUCGUGAGAUCGACACUGUCAUCCCAGACAAGCAGAAGUACGACCGCCGUGAGGUCGACACUGUCAUCCCCGACAAGCAGAAGUAUGACCGCCGUGAGGUCGACACUGUCAUCCCCGACAAGCAGAAGUAUGACCGUCGUGAGGUCGACACUGUCAUCCCCGACAAGCAGAAGUACGACCGCCGUGAGGUCGACACUGUCAUCCCCGACAAGCAGAAGUACGACCGCCGUGAGGUCGACACUGUCAUCCCCGACAAGCAGAAGUAUGACCGUCGUGAGGUCGACACUGUCAUUCCCGACAAGCAGAAGUACGACUAA